AUGUCUUGCAUCCACUACAAGUUCUUCUCCAAGCUGGACUAUGAUACGGUCACCUUCAGUGGCUUCGACAUCUCCCUUUGCGACCUCAAGUGCAAGAUCAUGCGCAAGGAGAAGCUGAAGGCAGCCAACUGUGAUCUGCAGAUCAGCAAUGCCCAGACCAAAGAAGAAUACACAGAAGAUGCCCUGAUUCCUAAAAACUCAUUGGUAAUCGUUAAAAGAAUCCCUGCUGGAGGAGUUAAAGCUACCAGCAAAACGGAUGUUAUGUAA